AUGCUGCUGCUGAGGUCUCUGGUCACGGCCCAAGCGACCAACUACUUCGUGAACCACGGAUUCAUCCAAGCGCAUCCACCCAUCAUCACGUCUUCCGACUGUGAAGGCGCCGGCGAGGUCUUCACCAUAGCACCAGAAGUGUCGUCCAACCCUGCAGAGAGGACCGCAGAGCAAUCUAAAGAGCGCCAAGAGCUCUUCUUUGGCUCCCCCAAGUACCUCACCGUAUCUAGCCAACUCCAUCUCGAGGCACUCGCCCAGUCAGCCGGCAAGGUAUGGACGUUGUCUCCCACGUUCCGGGCGGAGAAGAGCGACACGGCUCGCCACUUGAGCGAGUUCUACAUGCUGGAAGCCGAAGUCGCCUUUGUGGAGAAUUUAACGGACGUCAUGGAUGUAGUGGAAGGCCUGCUGCGUACCCUCGCAACCGAACUGCAAGCCUCUUCAGUUGGCGCCGAACUUCUCGAGGCUCGGGCCCGAGACGACAAGGAAGAUGGCAAUGCCGUGUCCAGCACAGUGCUUGCACAACGGUGGCGAGGGCUGAUCGCGGGACCUUGGCCACGUAUCACAUAUCGAAAAGCGUUGGAGCAUUUACGAUUAGCUGUUGCUAACGAGGAGGCGCAAUUUGAGUUUGCACCUGGGCACGAAGAUGGGCUUCAAACGGAGCAUGAGCGAUUCCUUGCUGAACGCCUGGGAGGCGGAGGCCCCGUUUUCGUCACAGACUAUCCGCGCGAAAUCAAGCCGUUCUACAUGGCACCUUCUUCCAAGACGACCGCAGGCCCUGGCCAAUCCCCCACUGUUGCCUGCUUCGAUCUUCUCGUCCCCGAUAUCUGCGAGCUUGUAGGGGGCUCGAUGCGUGAACAUCGCCUGCCCCAGCUUAUCGAAUCGAUGGAAGCCCACGGCUUGCGUGAUGCUUCCACACAGGGAUCAGCAUCUUCCGAUGGUUCUCUACAAUGGUACCUGGAUCUGAGAAAAUACGGCAGUGUGCCUCAUGGCGGCUUUGGACUGGGCUUCGACCGUCUAUUGUGCUACUUAUCAGGGGUCACUAAUAUCAGAGACGUCGUCAGCUUUCCUCGAUGGCACAAGCGGUGCGAUUGUUAG